AUGUCGAACUCGAACAACGACAACAACGACAUUAGUCACUUGAGCGACAAGCCCGGCAAGCCUCCAACCUGGCAGAACAUGCUGGACCAGCCGAAUGAGAUACGUGAACAGAAGAAGGACGAGGAGUACGCAAAGGAGCAGGCCGCGAAGGCUGACAAGCAAGGGUCCGACAAGAAAUAG